GAUAAUAAAUGCGCUGAUUGUAAUACCUACGCUGAAGUAAAAGCAAGAGUACAUUUGGCAAAACAACUUCAAGUGAAAAAUAUUCUAGAAGAAAAUAAUAUUUCAUACAAAGCAUAUGACUCCAUUAUGGGCAACCAGGGAUACUCAAAAAAGCGCUCAGACUUUGUUAUCGAUGUAAGUACACAUAAAGUUGUUCUGGAAGUUGACGAGUAUCAAUACAAGAAAGGAGAAUAUAACUGUGAAGUAAAAAAAUAUGAAAUUCCAUAUAAUAGUAAUAAUAAAGAAAGAACACACAAUUUAUUGUCAUGCAUACGGGAUGCGACACAUUCACAGCCUGCUAGAGAAUUGCAGUUUCUUCAGGCUACUUACUUAUUCUAUAACGGAUACGAUAAGUCUAAUAUUGAGAUAACAACUGUGUCAGAUGUUUGGUUCAGAAAACAAUGA